CCAAGGGAGGGCCAAUGUUGCGGGGCCCUUUGUCAUUCUUAUGAUUCUCUUUCAUUAUAAAAGUGAAACACAUCCUGGUUAAGGUUGGACGUCAAUGUCCCACAAAGAAUCAAGUGUUUGGACGCAGUCCCCACUAGGUGACAUCAUUUGGGAAAACUGGUGGACCCAGGAAAGUGGCUUUACAGGAAGUAGUGGCUCAUUGGGCACAUUGGGGACAGCCAUUUGAAUGUAGCCAGUGUCAUCAGGCUUCUACUGCCACACUGAACAGAAUAGCUUUCCUGUCCUUGGUGACAGAAGGUAAAGAAACCAUCGAGGUGUGCUGAGCUGCCAUUGGUCCAUUUCUUGCUGUGACCUCACAAUGACAGAAUCCUCUGCACUAACAGCUCUGGCUGAGGCUGACUCCAGUGCUUACAGUUCAGAAGCUGUUAGCUGGUUGGAGACUAUUGAGAUUCACUUAUCAGUGAGCUACUUGUACUUGGAUAGUGGUGAAUUGGUGAAUCUGAACACACCAUAUCACCGAGGACGCGACCAUGGAGCAGGGCAGGGAGGCAAGCUGCUCCUCUGAGGACUCCUUCCUGCCUGACUAUAAGAUGCUGAAGACCGUGGGCCAGGGACAAUUUUCUAAGGUUAAGCUGGCCAUCCACGUUCCUACUGUAACCCAUGUGGCUGUAAAAAUGAUCAGAAAUGAGAAGGAGUACGCCUCAGUUGUUGCUAGUGAAAUAAACAUCAUGAAAUCUCUCAAACACCCGCACAUAAUCGAAUUGCUGAACGUGUUCCAAUCAAGAGAUACCACCUUCUUAGUGAUGGAGCACGCAUCACAAGGAGAUCUUUUUCGACACAUUAUGCAACAGAGGUGCUUAAUUGAGAGCGAGGCACGGAGGCUAUUUACCCAGAUUCUCCUUGCAGUUCAAUACUGCCACAACAACCAGAUUGCCCAUAGGGACAUUAAGGCUGGUAACAUACUGCUUGACACCAUGGGCAACGCAAAACUUUGCGAUUUUGGCCUUGCAGCAAAGGUGCCCCCAGGGGACCUGAUGACAGAUUCCUGUGGUACCCCGCUCUACUGUGCUCCAGAAGUCUUCUCAGGUGAAGCCUAUGAUGGUUUCAGAGCUGAUAUAUGGAGUUUGGGAGUUCUCCUCUUCCUCAUGGUGGUUGGGCGCUUUCCCUUCUGUGCCAGGUCUCCUGAAGGUGUCAGAAUACCUCAGCACAUUUCCACCGAUAUUUCCAUAGUCAUCACCCAACUACUGAUGAAGGACCCAGGCAGGAGGGCCAACAUUGAACAAAUCAUGGCCAGCCCCAUGAUCAGGGACACCAUUGCCCUUUUGCCUCCUUCCACACAGAGACUCCCAGGCACCCUGACACCCACCAGCAUUGUCAGCAGCAUGACGGUCAUGGGGUAUAAGUCUGAGGAAAACACUGAUUGUCUCAGAGAACAAAAGGACAACCAGCUGAUGGCCACUUACCUGAUUCUCAAACACGAGUCCUCUGUGGGAGAUAGCUGCCAUCAGCCGGUGAAACCCAGGCAGUCAGGACUUGUCCUCAACCUGGGAGAUCAUCACACCUUCCCUGUGCCUCUAAGGAGAGCUACUGAGCCUGCUCCCCUGGCCUUCACCAUGUCAUGCAGUCUUCAGGAGACAGAGCAUGAGAACAAUGCCAAGCAUGGUGGCACAAGGCAUAGCAUGCCUGCCACCCUAUGCCACCUGUCAGACAGGCCCCAACCUCCACACCUAGUCUUCCCGAACAGGCCCCGUUCUCUUGACCUUACACGCAGUAGCGUGGUAAUGAGAGAGAGUUCCUCUGAGUCAAAGAUCGGGUCACAUGUCAGCCUGAUUGACAGUGUCCGCCCAUCACUGUUCUUAAUGUUCAAUGAUUCUUGUUCACCAGACGACAAGGAGACCACAUGUAACACAGGCAGUGUAUCUUCCUGGAGUUAUCAAGAGGAACUCUGCAGCUCCAGAGACACAGCUCAGAGUGUAACUUCCAAAGGCCCUUCCUCUGGGGAUACCAGGCAGGGAGACUCCAGGAUACAAGAGGAAGACAUUAGUGAGGAAAGGAAUAUCCCACAGGAAGAGGCCAUGAAUGAGGAAGGUACCAUCAUACACGAAACAACCAUACCCCAGGAAGAGGCUCUCACACCAGAAGUGACCAAUACUCAUGAUGAGACCAUCACAGAAGAAACCACCAUGGUCGAUGGAGAGACCAUGGCUCACACUGAGGCCAUCAUAGAGGAAAAGAAUAUAAUGGAGGAGGAGGACAUGCAUCGGGAAGCAAAUGUCUCCCUGGAAGUGAGGAGGACCCAGGCAGGGCAUAAGACUCAGGAUGACAGCAUCACAGAGGAGGAGGCCAUCACCCACGGCCAGCCUGAGGUUGCCGGCCAGGCUUCCUCCCCAAUCCUGAGGCGCCACAGGUGGAAGGGGUUCAAGAAAACAAUGGUGAACUGCCUCAGACACGUGUGCUUCUGUUUGCCACCUGCCAGGAGAAGCCACGAUGCCUGUCAGAACCUGGCUCCAAAGAAACGGGAUCCUGGAGUCACCCACAGAAUCAGUUCUGAAGUGGUCAAGGCCCAGCUCCGUGGCUUAUGAGCCACGGGUUGGGGAUCGGCCUGGCUGAGGUGUGGACAAUCCCGCAGGAGAGCGAGGCCAGACAUCCAGGAGGCAGUGUGUCCACAGGCUCCUCCUGCAGAGGAAGAACAGCUGUCCACACCAGCUGAGCUCUCACCAGGCCGUCAUUCACUUUGAGAACUGGAUGCCGAACUCAACACCACUUGCCUCAGCGUGAGGGGAUGAUGGGUGUCCUGAAUAUGGAAAAACUGAAACUUUCAAGAGAGGCCAGCAACCUGCUGUAGGCCACGCCUAGUGCCAGCCACAGUGUGCUCUCUGCCACUCGGUGGUUGCCUCCAUCUACUUGACUCCUUGCAAUUCCAUGUCUGCUCUCAGCCAGGCUAUGGUUGCUUCCAAUUCUGUGUCAUUUCAAGUUGAUUGUUCUCCCACAGACUGUCCCAAAUUGUCAUGUCUUGACGAACAGGAAAGUCUGUGUGACUGACUUGGAUGGUCUGUCUAUCCACCGUGUCCCUAAAUUGAACCCAGGAAGAAAAGGUUCCUGGAAUCUUCAUUUUGCUGGGACAUCAUCUGUGCUUCCCAGCUUCUCCGUAUCUUGUUCUGAGAGGUUCACAAAAAAUUCUCUGACAUGUCCUCUGAGCAACACUAAGUUCAUUGGCAAGACAUUUUUAACCGAAUCUGAGAAGGAAGGAGUGUCUUCUACUCUGAGGUUGCACGAGCACCCCAGAACCCUAUGCUUUCCUAACCACCAUCUACGGCCCUGGGAAAGGAGAUUCCCCAGGAUCCUGUUCUGGCCUCAGCCAUUGGACCAGGCUGAGCUGCUCAGACACCCCUGAGGAAGAAUUCUCAGGGCACUCUAUCAUGCGUGGGAGGAAGAUCUGACUUGCCAUUCUGAUAAUAGUAACAAAACUAUAUUGUUCACCUGCCCCCCAUCCACUGGAAUGUGGAGCCCCUGGCAGGCCGCUCUGUAGGAAAAGAUGACUUGCAGCAGGAUCUUCGUCUUCUUCUCCAACUCCCCAAGCCAGAAUUUCCAGGUCUGAAUCCCUCUGCCCUGUCAAGUAGAAGCAGCUCAGGGCCAGUGUAGGGAGUUCCGGGCUGAGUGUAGCCCAUCACAAAGAACAUGCACAUUUUGAAUAUUUGAAGUCUGAGAUGUGGACACUGGUGCUGGGAGCUGUGUGAAUGAAAGGACAAGCAGGAAUGGCAGCUUGCUUGCCUGGGAUCAGUGAGACCCUCAUGUGAAAAGUAAGGUGGAUGCCCAUGGGCCCGGAGUCCCCUUUGAACCCAGGACUGUGGGUGGGGGAGGCAGCCUGAUCUCUGUGAAUUCUGGGCUACAGAGAGAUUUCAGGCACAGCCAGGUAUACACAGAGACACCCUGUCUCAAAAAGCAAACAAGAGAAUUAAGGUGUAAAAGCACUGGAUGAAUACUUCUGGUCUACACACGUACUCAAAGGGUGAGAACAGACAGACACACAAUACUCAUUAUGUACAAUUCAGCAAUCCUGCCUUACCUGUUUUUCCUCAAUACUGUCUAGACCCUAUAUUCCUGGGAUUUUAUUGUCAUUUCCAAAAUUCCUGGCUCUUAAACCCCACAGCGACAUAACUAUCAGUCCCCUAAAAUGAGAAACCUUUUUUCCCCUCUCCUCUUAUGCUGACACAGGUUUUCUGCAUGCAGUCCAGGCUGCCAAGGACUGGCGGCCUCCUACCACUGGCCAACUGAGUGUUGGGGCUUCAGGGAUUCCAGUAAUUCUCCACCAAGUCUGGUUUAUUUUGUCUUCUGGACAAACCCAGGGUUUCCUGUAUGCUGGGCAAGAGCUGUCCCAACUGAGUCACACCUGUAUCUCAGCCUAUCCGGGGAUUCAGUGUAGCUGAGGAAGAUCUGGAGUUCUGGAUCGCCCCUAUGGAAUUACAGGACUGCACCAUUUACCCUGCAUUUUCUCUUUUACCAUUUCUAGAUGACCUGUCUUUCUACUGAAAGUCUUUUGAUGGACUGAAAGAAAGAACUGUGGCCAGACACCACUUUUCUUCUGAAGCUGACAAAAUAGCUUUCAGAGCUGGGCUGUCCAGAUGUCCCUGAACAAAUUUCACAGACCCACUGCUGCUCCUGGACCUGCACUCCACAAUGGAGAUGACUGGGUUGCGAGUAAAGUCUGUGAAAUCCACACCAGUGUGAGAUUCAGAAGCACAGGAGGGCUGGGACCGUGCCUGUCUGUCCACAAUACAGUGCCUGCUUUCGUUGUGACAUAUGAGUUCUUUCCCCAGAAAGCGAGGGAAAAACCAGCAGGCUGGCUGAGGCUUCUUACCCCAGCACUUGAGAUGGAGACAGGUGCUUCAACCUUGCUGGACUUGAGCAAGCCUGUGUCCAAAACACAAGGUGUACAGCAUCUCAGAGUUGACAUUUGAGGGAAUACAUGUGCUACAUACAUAAACGUUGGAGAAUACACAUGGAUAUAUACAAGCACACGGAUGCACAAGCACACAACUGUAAACAUAUUACAGCUUGGGGCUAUCAAAAGCCAGUGGAGAUGCCCCUGCACUAGAAGAAGACCACCUCCAUCAACUCUACUAGCACCCCCAUAUCAUUAAGUUAUGUUUGUUAAUUUGGAAAUAAAUUGUGUUUUUUACUGA